UACAUGUACAUAAUACAUUGUACAUUGUAUUUUGGUUUUGAGUAAACAGACUGAAUUGCUGAUUGUCGUAUUCAUCAGUCAUGCUAAUGCGGGGUCACUGGUGAAUUUGAUGCAGUUUACAGUACAGCAUUCAAUGUAUGUACAUGUACACAGAGUUUUGAUUUUACAAGACCCUGCCGUCCCCGUUCCUGGCCCCUGUAGGAAACUUCAAUUGAAUACUUGGGAGUUGAGGUGGGUCUCUGUGUCAUUUUGGUUAACCUAAAACCAGAAUAAUGCUUGCACGAAGCCGCGAGGUGUGCAUGAUUCAGAGCAGUCCCACAAAUGGUGAGUUCAGGCCCGUACAAAAGCUGGCAUUUGUGACCCGAUAAAUUGAGUCAGUGAUGUGUGAAGCAUUUAGUCUGGCGAUAAAGGGGAAGAACUUUGCCACACGUCAGCAGAAAUAGUGAACUGACAUGUGCAUGUACAUGUACAUGUACUGGUACCUGUAGGCAGACAUACAUGCAGUACAGUGUACAUGUACAUGUACAUCAGUAUAUGAAUAAAGUUAUCUGGAACUGUCGCAUGUAUAUUUGGCAUCAAGAAGUCGUGAUUCCCGAUUGUACAUGUAAUUGGCUGCCUCUUCAGAAGUAGAAGUUCCGGACAUCAAGAGGUGUCUACGUUGCAUGUGAGCCAGCCAUUGGUCCAGCCGGCUUGCUGCGGUUGCUUUAAUGGCAUACAGGCAGCUCGGUGGCGUACCAUAUAAUGCUAGUAGUAUAGACAGUGACUCAGAUUCCUUGGAUAGUGAUCGUGGUUACACUUCACGUUGUUCUCAUUCCUGUGUCUGUGCAAACAUGGCUGAUAAGUCCAGCAACACGUCACCAACCCACUCCUGUUUGAAGCCGACCAGCGAGAGCAAGGCCCCGACGUGCCGGGCCAGCAACCAGCCCCGCAACAGAGCACGCUCAGUCAGCGACAUCGACAGCAAGGGCGGGAUGCGUAAUCACUGCCCCUUUGGCAAGCUUCCAGAGAGGGUAACCCUGAUUGUCGAUCACACCCGAUUCGUCGUUGACCCCUCGCUGUUUACAGCUCACCCCAACACAAUGCUUGGCAGAAUGUUUGGGAAUGGCAUUGACAACAAUUUCACCCGACCCAAUGAGAAGGGAGAGUAUGAGGUAGCACAUGGCAUUUCAUCGGAGUUGUUCAGCGCAAUUUUAGAGUACUACAAGGGUCGACCUAUACGAUGUCCCCCCAGUGUGUCGGUGUCGGAGCUUAGAGAGGCCUGCGAUUACCUUUUGGUCCCUUUCAAUGAAAACACUGUCAGAUGCAAGAACCUCAGAUGUUUAUUACAUGAGAUUUCCAAUGAUGGUGCUAGAGAAGAAUUUGAGAAAUAUGUAGAAACUCUGAUUCUGCCGGAGAUGGUGUCCUGCGCAAAGCGUGGCCAGAGAGAGUGCCACAUUGUGGUGUUGAUGGACGAUGAUGUCGUGGAAUGGGAUGAAGAAUAUCCACCUCAGAUGGGAGAGGAAUACUCACAGAUCGUGUGCAGCACCCUACUGUAUCGGUUUUUCAAGUACAUCGAAAACAGAGAUGUGGCAAAGACUGUCCUGAAGGAAAGAGGCCUGAAAAAAAUCCGGCUGGGGAUUGAAGGAUACCCUACUUAUAAGGAGAAGGUCAAGCAGAGACCGGGUGGCAAACCAGAGGUGAUCUACAACUACGUCCAGCGCCCGUUUGUGCGCAUGUCAUGGGAGAAAGAGGAGAACAAGAGCAGGCACGUUGACUUCCAGUGCGUGCGGAGUCGGUCCAUUCCAAACCUGUCCAGCGUGGCUGGGGGAGAAGCCCUGCUGGACGGAGACCUACGCCAGGCCCCACCCCAUGCUGAGGGCGUGGCCAUGCUCAGGCAAGUUUUGCCCGACCCCCCAGAUGGGGAAGCCAAUGACGGUAAUGCGUAGCUUGUAGUGUGUAUAUAUACGUAUACAAAAGGUACACUGAGGUUUUUUAUAACGGAGACUGUUAAUGGAAGAAUGAGGGUAAUGGAAUAUGGCAGGAGUAGGCAGUGUAUGUAGUGUAAAAAAAAUUCAGUAAAAUUUUAGCACAAAAGUACAAAUAAUGUAUAAGUUUAAAAGAUAGAUAGCAAACACUUGAUGCUGCUCCUUGAGGUUCUUUUCUUCAUUUGAUGCAUAUGAUUACGGCUGAGUUCAUGUCAUGAUGUUUUCCAGGCCCGUUUCAGCCGUGACUCCGCUGUAGACAGGUUUUGAAACUUUCUGGCUCCAGUAAAUUAACCCUGAUGGUAAUAAGAAAAAAAAACAAAUUGAUACUUGAGUAACCUGUACAUACCCACUUUGAUUAUGAAUGACUUUUGGUGUUGAGCUUAGUUAUGUAUGAGUAUUGAUUUAAGUACAUGUAGGUGAAGCAUUACAAUUUUCAGUUUUAAAAGCAAUGAAAUAAUUGUUAACAGUUUUACAAAGUCUGUACAUGUGUACAUGUGUAUUGCUUAAUGGUGAUUUUCUCCUAGCCUUACACAUAAAUUGUUCUCAUAAUUUAGCCCCACACUAAUAAGCAUUCUUUUUAAGAGAAAAAAUGGAGUGUUUGCAAGUUGCUGGUGGCAACUACAUCAGGUGCAACCAUUUUCAUAAGCUCAUAUGCACCAAGCAUAUUGUAUAGGUUUAAUCCUUUACAGUAAACCAUCUAACGUUCACUCCCACUGGUUAAAAACGAAAUCAAUAUAACCCCUCACAUAUGUUUGCGCCACCUAAUUUGGGGGAAGUUGGUAGACAAAAAAGCCUGUGUAACUUGUUGGUACAAGCAGUUUUCAUUUGGGUAAAUUAAAAAUGGGAUACAGCUUAGAAUAGAUGGUGCUCGGUCUACUUGAGAAAAGCUUCUGUCUGUGUCAAUGGCAUGUAAUGUGCGACUUAUACCUGUGAAAAGAUUCAAGCUGAGCUUUGAAAAGGGGUUAAAUCUGCAAUAUUUAAGAAUGCAAUGGAAUAUUCUUUUGUAACUACCGUAUUUGAUGAUUGUUUUUACAUCUGUUAAAAAAAACCUACCAAGGGCCCAGUUUUAUGGACUCGGUAUUGUGAAAUUUGAAUGGUAAGAAUGUAACUUUGUAUGAUAUACCGAAACAAGUUGGUGUGUGUUAUCUGCAACUGAUAGGCAUUAGUCCUGGAUGGCAUUUUGAAGUACAUAUAACAUUUUGGGGCAGUAAAACAAUUUCACCCAGGGACUACAUGUAAUUGAUUCUGCAUUCUGAAGGUGUGUUGAAGUGGGAUUGGGACGAGUUUGCGGUACUUCCUCAAACCAAGCCGUGCAGGCUGCUUCAUUCAUUGACAAAGUUCUUGCUAAUUUGAAAUGACAUUUGUUAUGCUCAUAGCUAAAGAGACAUGCUUGUAUUAUUGCUUGAUGUAUUGAAGAAAUGCUGCCUUGAUGUAAUAACCAGUUUACAAAAAAAACCAAUUUUGUACUAAAGGAAAAACUGAAGCUUAAUUUUUUGAAACUUUCCAUUUUUAAAAUACAAAAUCACUUUUCCGUCAUGUGCACUGAUGCUUGAGAAAUGGUAGAACAGUAUUCCUAGUCUAAAUAGCGCACACCCAGGUAAGGGUCUGACUCCCAUCAAAGAAUACAUGUAGCGUAGUUACGUCUCAAAAGUAAUAAUUGCUCGAGAGCAAACAUGUAACUUGCUAUCUUUCAUAGUCUUCUCUAAAGUGUGAGCACUGAAGUUAAACUUUCACAGAGAUGCUAUCGUGAAUACAAAGUUACUUGAGAAAUUUAGCCAAAACCUGUUCGGGAACUAAGAAGCCCUAAAUCAACUCAGAAACAUAUCUGUUUGCUUAGGAAUAGGGUAGAAAUGUGUCAGUUUUGAUCAGCGCAGUCUAAACAAUUCUUAGAAUUAUAAUUAUCUAAUAUGAAAGAAUAUUUACAAAGCAAAGAUGAUGGACUGUUUGAAAUUUGAAGACAAAAUCAACCUUUUUGCAAGUAAAACUUUUAUGGUCCUUUACCUCAGUGGCCUAUUUUUCUAUCCACAUGUGACUUUGAAUAUUCAUGAGACUGAAAAGCAAGUGCCUUCUUGCACGUUUCAUGUGCAGUUUAACUUUGAAAACAAAAUUGUCCUGAAUGAAUGUAUUAGAUUGGAUUACGAGUAGUCACUCCUAUUUCUCUCGAAAUUAACAACAGCUGACUAGCAUGUUCUUUGAUGCCAAGCUCUGACUAGAAAGAAUCUAAUAUGAGAUAAUGAAUAUUUAUUGCAGGGUUGCUUAGGUUAACCAGUGAAUUAAUAGCAUUUGAAUGCUGUCUGUUGAAUGGCUAAUGCAUACCCAGUAAGGUUUAACUUUGUCAUUUUCCAAGGAAGCAACUUCAAACCUGGAGGUUUAUCUUUCUUGGAAGAAAGACUUAUGGUACAUUGACUAGACAUUAACAUAAGACACUGUUCAAACUUGUUCCUGCUGUUUCACCUGAUUUUGUGCAGUGUCAUAAUGCAUGCAUUGGCUUGCACUGGUCUUAGAAAAUUAGAGUCUUCUGUGAUCCACUAAAGUCCUCGCUACAACAUAACCUUACUGAUGGCACACUGUCUGAACUCCAGGAAACCAUGGGUGGAUCCAUUUCUUUGAUACAGGUGUCAUUCCUGUUAUAAAAUUUCUUCUAAAGGUCAACCUUAAAAGUAGUUCUUUAGCAAAUGGUGCAUGAAUUUUGCCAUCAUCUGCAUGUAAAAAUUUAUGGUUUUGUAGUAUUUUCUUUGAAAUGGACUGUGGAAUGAUACAGGAAUGUACAAAUACAUGUACAUAUAUAAAAAAGUGUAUAAAAUGUAUUCAUUGAUGGAUGUAAACAGGUGUUUUGGGGAUUAUGGGUGCAAGUACAUGUACAUGUAGGUAGUUGAGCUGAAGGGAUUUGCUCACAGUGAUUUGGAAAAUCAGGGUUCCACAGUUGGUGAGAUCACAGUUGCUGCUUUUUUUUCUCAGGGACUGAAAAAAAGGGGAAAAUUUUGGAUGGGUUGCUGAUUUGACAGCGGUGAAUGACACCUUUGGAUCCUCCCUUGGUGUAUGCCUGUGAAUUAGUGCUCUACCAAUGUGAGGCAUUGCAAGCACACACACAAAGCUAGUGAAAAUUGGUGUGUUAAUGGUCCAUCAUUUAAUCAGUUCCAUUUUGACAAUGGGAACUCUUCUCUGGCAUAUUAAAUGAGUCCUUGUUCCUAGGGAGUUAUUGUAACCUAAUCACCCCUAACAAGUUUCAUCAUUGAAUGAAGUGAACAAAUGCCAACAUGCAUGCGUUAGUUUUGUCUAGCCACUUUUGCAUAUUAAGCCUGUACAAAGAAUAUGUAGCAUGUUAUUAGAUAUAUAUACAUAAAAAGACUAUUUGUAGAAAACACAUCAUAUCAGUUUAUUUACCUACAUGUACUAGCUUUGGAGCAGAGAGAGGCAAAAGUGAUUUUCCAUUGAAGAUUUUCCACUGCUCUCCCAAAACUAGAUUUAAAAAUGGAUGAAUUUUUGGUUAACUUCCAAACUUAUGAAGUUCUCUCUGAUCAUACUGCAUUGUAGCAUAUCCCCUGAUACCUGAUGCACAAUGCCAGUCUUGUUUCUUUGAACUAAAACCAGUUGAGAGAAUCUUGCCAGAGAAGUGAUUUCCUUCCACCAACAAGAAGAAACUUUGUUGUUUGUUUGUUUUUUUAUUGCUUUGAUUAGUUGUUCAAAUUUACAAAAGAAUGUGAAAAAUUGCUCUGUUCUGCUCUUUAGUUUUUUGUUUUGGGGGUUUUAUUUGCUUUGUAAUCGACACCCAUAUUGUAUUUUAUUAUUAAAUCGUGAAUGUUAUACCUCAACCUCAUUACAUUUUUAUAACUUGUUACAUUUUUUCUAUCUAACUGCAUUUCCCCAUUUACUAUGGACGUUCUCUCAGGCCAGGUAGAAAUGUACAGUAGUUUCUCGGUCCAACUUGUUUUGUUUUACCCAGCCGCCGCCUUCCAAAAAUGUUAAUAUUUUGUUGUCAUAUUUGCAGGAUUCUUGACUGCAUUAAUUUGGCAACAAAACAGCUUUAAAUGCAGGUUUAAGAUCUGUUAGAGUUGAGAAUUCCUUUUUUAGGUAUACAUAAAAAUGAUACAAAUUGGUUACAAAUAUCCACCUGCCAUUUUGGAAAUCUGAGACUUUAAGGGGGGGGGCUGCCUCCCUUGAAAAACAAAUGCCUGGACGAGAA